UUCCCCUGACCUCAAACACCGCCUCAUCCAAUAACACACCAACGACGACGACAUGAACCACAACCUCCGCAACAAAAACAAGAACUCGGCCGCUGCGCGCCGCGGGCUAAAGUCGCUGAGCGUGGCCGUGGCCCUGCCCCUCUCCUUCACCCUCCUCGACAUCUUCCUCUUCGGCUCCUCCACCCGCUACACUAGCCUCCACAAGCCCUUCUACGUGCCCUCUCUGUGGACUCUGCACCUCGCAUGCAUCACCACCGCCUUCCUCUCCGGGUUGUCGGCGUGGCUGGUAUGGGCCGAGGGUGGCUUCCACCGACAGCCCGCUGCGCUUGGGUUGUACCUGGUGCAACUGGCCAUGAGCCUGAUGUGGUACCCGGUGGUGUUUAGGGCGGGUGCCAUCUGGCUCGGGCUGGUGCUGUGCGCGGCCUUGUUUGGGGCACUAGUUGGUUGUGAGCGGGCCUUCCGGAAUAUGAAUCCCAUCGCCGGGGAUUUGGUCAAGCCCUGCUUAGUGUGGGCGUUGUUGCUCGCCCUAGCUAAUCUUAGGCUUGUGUAUCAAUGAUUCGUCAGGAUUUGGAUGUUGUGUAUCUCUUUUCUUUUUAUUAGGUUUUGCUAUAUUGUUAUAUGGAUAGAUAGAUAGAUGUAAUACUU